AUGAAUCACCAGACUUUAAUGACGAAAGUGAUGUCAUCAGUGCAUUAAGUUAUGUCAUGCCUUACUUCUUGGAAGGAAAAGUCAAAGAUUUGGAAUCAACGAUACUCCCUUUUAUUAAGCUGCUUUUUGCACAGGAUAGUGACACUUUUAAAACUCAACUCGAUCAGGAGCUACGGUCCCUCAUCCCCAACAAUGACGUGAGAAAGCUCUUCACUCAAGUUCUCUGGACUUUGAAAACGGACUGCUCUGCUCCUCAAAUACAGACGGCCUGUGCCAAGCUCAUUUCUAGAACAGGCCUCCUGAUGAAGCUUUAUAACGAGCACCAAGACGUUAAAAUGUCCAAGACAGCCUGGGACACUGACCAGUGGAAAAACGACCACUUCAUUGAUGAAGACAACAAAAUCGUGAAUAAGGAAAAAGUACAGCUGCCAGAUGAGCCCACAAUGGAAGUACCGAAUUAUAAGUAUUUUAAGAAACUCUUCGUGGCAGUAUCAGUGACUGCUGUAGUGGUGAUUUUGGUUCUGGUGUUCUGUCUCAUUAAG